AUGGGGAUAUGCACAGCUGCACAGCGGUCAGGUUCCUUCUUGGGCCCCACCCUGGGUGGUCUUCUCAGCGAGCUUAUUGGUGUUCGUAGCACCUACACCUAUUCGGGGACCAACCCCUGCUUCGAGAACCAGACGCUGAGCCAGUGGCAUGAGUGGCACGCGUUGAAAGUGCCGCCUGGAAAGAACAGGUGCCGCGAACAUGUGGACACUGGCCGUGCUGGAGAGCGAACGCUCUUGUCUCAGUCUUUCCCGCAGUUCCCGAAGAGGAGACCCUGUCGUGGAGAGAUCAACUCAUCUAAGUACUUAGCAGCCGAAGAGGCAAUUCUGAAUGCUGAGUGGGCCUUGCAGUCUUCAUCGAUGUUGGAUGACGCCUGGAUUCAGGAUAUCCGCGCCACUUUGUCCAAUGAACCCGAUCCUCACUGGAGUGUCUGGCCAGCAUGGAAGGAGCUGGUGGCCGCUGCUCAUCCGCUACACGACACUUUGAGGAAGAUUGAGAUCUCGGAAUUUUCACACAAGGCGCCAUACCGGGUUUGGUUGGGUCGAUCAUCCCUGAGAGCUCCAAGAAAACCGCUGUUGCAUGGCACGAAGUUCUAUUGCUGGGGGCUGGCUUUGGCAGUGCGCCGCUCCCUCGCCUCGGCCUUGCAGUGCCUCAGUUGUUCCCGUGGGAACCAGGACUUCGAGCCUGCCAAGAUCGACGGCCCCAAAAGCUCCGAUCUGGCCCACGGAGCGCAGCAAGCCGCCUACACGUGCUCCUCUCAAGCACGCUUUGUGUGUGGCGAAUCGCCCCGCAGCAGUGAAGGCCAAACCUCCAUUGUCGCCAUGGGUGCGGAGACACUUUGCUACUCGGCUGUGGUUUUUGUGGUGAAGAAUUCAGGACAUGGGGAUGAAGUCUCUUCAAUCGGGGCCCAUCUGGUGUUUCACGAGAACCGGAGCAUUGCCGGGCGAAUCACACAGGCACUGCUGUCCAAUGACGAGCGUGCUGAGGAGUGGGACGGCAACGAUGAUGAGGUGGCUGCAGCCCAGAAGUCGCACACGGAUGAAGACCUGGGGGCCCUGGGGGCCGUGUCAGAUAAAACCCCAAACCGACGGCGUUUCAAGUCGGUGGUACGCAAAGUGCAGGCCAAGUCGACAGCAGAAAGGGCUUUGUUGCCGAUUCCUGCCAAGGGCUUCGCUGGCUCGACCCACUUCGCCAACCGCAUGCGCCACGCCGCGUCCGCCUUGGUGAACCCCACGGGAGAGUCGCCCAUCUCACCAGCCUCAUUGUCUGGAGCAGAAGAGAUAGGAUCCGAUUUUCGACUUGUAGACCGGCGCGGUGCUUUCGGCCAGUCGCGCGGACACUGGAUGCUUCACAACAUCAUGUCCAGGACGCGAGGCAGAGAUGGCUCUUGCUCGGAUACGUUGGCGGAGGUGAGCACCCUGCUGCUGGAGGAUUGGUAUCAUACCUUCUUGGAUGCCAAGAUCAGCAAACAACUUUGUUGUUUCUUGGUGCUCUACGUUUUUCUCUUUUGGGUGUACGCCUUCCUUUACCUCGCCAUCAGUAAGGCCUGCAACUUGCAGCUGGAGGGGCACCUCGUGAAAGCGUAUUUGUUGUCCCUGGAGACCAUGAUGACCAUUGGCUAUGGAGUCCCCGAUCCCUACAUGAAUGGUUGCUGGCAGGGUCCGUUUGUGCUCACAACACAAGUUUUGGUGAACUUGAUUUUAAGCGCCAUCCUCAUUGGCGUCAUUUUUCAGGGCAUCGCCCGGCCGCAGUCCAGGGCUUGUACCAUCCUCUGUAGCCAAAAAGCCAUCAUCAGAUGCAUCGAUGGUGCCUACUACUUCAUGUUCCGGGUGUGCGACCUCCGGUCCCAGCAUGCACUGGUGGAGCCUCAUAUCAGAUGUUACUGCGUGGAACAGAGCGACAUCCGAGGUUUUGAAACCACACAAAUGCGGCUUUUGCAGCCUGACGAUGAGCUUGGGGCUACCUUGCUCCUGUCAAUGCCCAGCAUCGUGGUGCACCGCAUCGAUGCCUGGAGUCCCUUGGCGCCGCACCGCCCGGACCUUCCCCUCUCGUCGGACCGCGGCGACCGUGGCGACCGCGGCGACCGUAGCACAGGGCUCCCUGCGGUGUCGCCGCGCACGACGCCGUCGAUUCCGCACUACUUCUCGGCACUGCCGCGGUCGCAUAAUGUCAACUUCAAGGAUGGAACAGACUCGGAUCAGCCGCAGACCUAUAGAGAGAGGUCUGGUACCAUCGCCACUUUCUCUUCAUGGAAGGAUACGUUUGAACGACAGACCAGCGAUGGCGCAAUCCCCAGGUUCGCUCGAGCGAGUAGCAGUAAUGCCUUGCAGAGUGCUACGAAGCCUCGCGAACGUGGAGGAGGCUAUGAAGAGAACUUGAGACUUCGCCGAUGGCCCUGGCCGCGACAGCGGCAAGCGAGCAACGAAGUGGGCCAGGGCGAUAGUUGUGCGUGUCCGACAUGUGGGCAGACCUUUCCUACCGCGGAGACAUUGAAAUCACAUUGCAAAUACAGUGCUGCUUCCGAUGUCGCUGCCGGCAUGCCCAAAGAGGUGUGUCACAAAGAGCUUACUGCCAAAGAACUGGGCAGAUUGACUCAUCGAGAUCCCACCAAGCCAGAACUGAGCGCAUACCUCUCCAGAUGUUACAAGGAGGUGGUUGUCAUCGUCGAAGGAAUUGAGCCGACGACGUCUGCCACUUUGCAGAGUCGGCAUUCUUACCUUGUUGGACCGCCUGGGUCAGAAGAGACUGACACAGCUUGGGACAUGGACUUUGUCGACUGCGUCAUGGUGCCUGAUGGAGAGGCCAAGGCGGGUGGUCUUGGUGUGGAUUUAGGGAGGUUUCACAUGCUUCAGCGCGUAGAAGAUGCAGCCUGA